UCUUACAUUUUCCAGUCGGCACUCUUCCGGACCAGACGUGAUUGACUGACUUCGCAGGGAGUAGACGAGGGCUCCCGCUGACUUUUGGCGUCACAUUUUCCUCGACAUUUUACCAUUUUAAGUGUUUUUAAUCCAUCGGAAACCGAGUGGACGGAGUUGCUGCGUGUUGAUACGGAUCAGGAAGCUGUGACGGCCGUGGUUAGAGGAAAGGAACAUGGCUUCCCAGGCUGAUUUGAUGGAGUUAGACAUGGCCAUGGAGCCAGACAGAAAGGCAGCAGUCAGCCAUUGGCAGCAACAGUCCUACCUGGAUUCAGGCAUCCAUUCAGGGGCCACCACUACAGCUCCCUCUCUCAGUGGGAAAGGAAAUCCUGAAGAUGAUGAUCUUGACAACAACCAGGUCAUGUAUGAGUGGGAGCAAGGCUUCAACCAGAAUUUUUCCCAGGAACAAGUCCAAGACUUGGAUGGUCAGUAUGCCAUGACUCGUGCCCAGCGGGUGCGUGCAGCAAUGUUCCCAGAGACUCUUGAGGAAGGCAUGCAGAUCCCCUCCACACAGUAUGACACAGCUAAUCCUACAAAUGUUCAGCGGCUUGCAGAACCUUCACAAAUGCUCAAACACGCAGUGGUCAAUCUGAUUAACUAUCAAGAUGACGCUGAGCUCGCAACCAGAGCUAUACCAGAACUCACCAAACUGCUCAAUGAUGAGGACCAGGUUGUAGUAAACAAAGCUGCAGUGAUGGUGCACCAACUAUCAAAGAAAGAAGCUUCCCGUCACGCCAUCAUGCGUUCCCCUCAGAUGGUAUCGGCCAUAGUCAGGACAAUGCAGAACACAAAUGAUGUGGAGACAGCUCGCUGCACUGCAGGGACCCUCCACAACCUCUCCCAUCACAGAGAGGGUCUGCUGGCUAUCUUUAAGUCUGGAGGAAUCCCAGCUCUUGUCAAAAUGCUUGGUUCACCAGUGGACUCUGUCCUGUUCUAUGCCAUCACAACUCUUCACAACCUCCUGCUGCACCAGGAAGGAGCCAAGAUGGCCGUUCGUUUGGCCGGUGGGCUUCAGAAAAUGGUGGCCCUGCUUAACAAAACAAAUGUCAAGUUCCUUGCCAUCACCACAGAUUGUCUCCAAAUCCUAGCCUAUGGAAACCAGGAAAGCAAGUUGAUAAUCCUGGCCAGUGGAGGCCCCCAAGCGCUGGUCAACAUCAUGAGGACAUAUACCUAUGAGAAACUGCUGUGGACCACAAGUAGAGUGCUCAAAGUUCUGUCGGUCUGUUCCAGUAACAAACCUGCCAUUGUAGAAGCUGGAGGCAUGCAGGCUCUUGGACUACACUUGACAGAUCCCAGCCAGAGACUAGUGCAGAACUGUCUCUGGACACUCAGGAACUUAUCAGAUGCUGCCACCAAGCAGGAGGGAAUGGAGGGUUUGUUGGGGACAUUGGUCCAGCUACUUGGUAGUGAUGACAUUAACGUGGUGACCUGUGCUGCGGGCAUCCUGUCAAACCUGACGUGUAACAACUACAAGAAUAAGAUGAUGGUCUGCCAGGUUGGUGGAAUUGAGGCUCUGGUUCGCACCGUGCUUCGGGCUGGAGACAGAGAGGACAUCACAGAACCAGCUAUUUGUGCCCUGCGUCAUCUCACCUCUCGACACCAGGAUGCUGAGAUGGCUCAGAACGCUGUCAGGCUGCAUUAUGGCCUGCCGGUUGUGGUCAAAUUGUUGCAUCCGCCAUCACACUGGCCACUUAUUAAGGCUACAGUUGGUCUGAUCCGUAACCUGGCUCUGUGCCCUGCAAACCACGCUCCUCUGAGAGAGCAAGGAGCCAUUCCCAGACUGGUUCAGUUGCUGGUCAGAGCGCACCAGGAUACCCAGAGGCGCACCAGCAUGGGGGGGACACAGCAGCAGUUUGUGGAGGGGGUUCGCAUGGAGGAGAUUGUAGAGGGCUGCACAGGAGCACUUCAUAUCCUGGCCAGAGAUGUCCACAACAGAAUAGUCAUCAGGGGACUGAACACAAUUCCACUCUUUGUACAGCUCUUGUAUUCUCCCAUCGAGAACAUCCAGCGUGUGGCAGCAGGUGUCCUGUGUGAGCUGGCCCAGGAUAAAGAGGCUGCUGAGGCCAUUGAGGCUGAGGGAGCCACGGCCCCACUCACAGAGCUGUUGCACAGUCGCAAUGAAGGAGUCGCCACAUAUGCAGCAGCAGUUCUGUUCCGUAUGUCAGAGGACAAACCCCAAGAUUACAAGAAACGCCUCUCGGUAGAACUCACCAGCUCACUCUUCAGGACGGAACCAAUGGCCUGGAAUGAAACUGGAGAUCUCGGUCUGGACAUUGGUGCGCAGGGAGAGCCUCUGGGCUAUAGACAGGAUGACCCAAGCUACCGUUCCUUCCACUCAGGAGGUUACGCCGGAGACUCUAUGGGCAUGGAACCCAUGAUGGACCAUGACCUAGGUGGGGGCCACCACCCUGGCCAGGACUAUCCCCCUGUAGAGGGGCUUCCUGAUCUGGGACACACCCAGGAACUGAUCGAAGGCCUGCCACCUGGUGACUCGAACCAACUGGCCUGGUUUGACACAGACUUGUAAAUACAAAGACCAACAUUACCCAACACUUUCUACUAGCUGUAUCAUGUGAUCUGGAUGAACCUGCAUCUUGAUUCGCCCACAUGGAGGAGGCGGGGUUUUAGAAAGUGCCUGACGAUGACCCAUCCUGUCUGUAGGAGCUCCAUUGGGACAAAUUUGAUAAGUGUGGUUCUGUUCUGGUUUUAACCCGGAAGAUGGUGGCUUGACUUCAAAUCCUGAUGCAUCACAUGGAUUUUGAUCUCAAAGGUUUUAUGUACUUUUCCAUUUUUAUGCUUUUUUUAUUUUUAAAAACAUUUUUAUUUAGUUUUCUUUCCUGAAGUCUAUAUAAUGGUACAAAAUGCUUCUAGCUUGCUUUUUUUUUUUUUUUACCCCCAUUAUUCUAAUUUCUUUUUGUUUGCAGUCCUUUUUUGUAUUUUAUGUCUCUGGUAGGGUUUUCUUUUAGUGGUAAUGCUCCAUCCAAGUAUCUGAUCACAUUUUGGUGUCCAAAACACUAAGGUUAAAUCAGUUGCAGUGUAACAUUGUGUAGCUUUUGUAUAAAACAUGAAUUGGAAGUCAUGGUCCAAAUAUCGAGCUAUUUUCUUGCUUUAAAGGUGGACACUUGGGUGUCUCUGCUGUUCCAAAGGGGGUGUAGCAGACCUAGCUGACUGGUGUGGGAGGAGGGCUCUUAUUGGUCUGUUACUAAGGGGGGGUGGGGUAUAGGG